CUGAAUGAACUCUGUUCUAUGGGCGUGACCUCAGGUGAAAGGCAGACAGUUCAGGUAGGAAGAUCCAGAAACACCUGGAAGGUAGAGAGGAACAGGUAGACCAUCGGCACAUGUGCACGGGGUUUACUGGGUCAGCUGUGAGCGGCUGAUUACAGCUACAGUCUCACACACCAACACAGGCCCUGAUCCCACCUUUUACCGGAGUACUUUUAAACACAGGUAUCUGUACUUCUACUUAAGUAAAGAAAGUCUCCGCGCUGAGCGGCUCGCCGCCCGCCUGUCUGUAGGUGUGAGGAGGUUCAUCAGGGGUAGAUGAAACAAACAGCACGGUCCACAUACUUCUGCACAACUUGAAACUUCUUCUUCUCUGGUUUAAUUGUUGUUUUCACGCUGUGACGUCACGUCAGAGCAGCCGCAGCGUUGAAAAAGCUCAGUCCUUCAUUCUGAGCUCUCAUCAUCAGCAUGAUGUUCAGCUCCCAGCUGAUUUAGGCCCUCCUCUCCAGGUUUGGGGCUGAAGGUGACGUGCGUCACUCGGAUCACCUUCCAGGUAGCCUCGUCACCUGCUUCUCCUUCUGCUGCCUCGUCACUGUGACGUCAGCACGCAGGACGUGAGGGGGCUUUAAAGGAGGAGGGGGGUGGGCCGGGAUUCCUGAGGAUUACCCGUCAUGCCCCGCGGGUAAAGAUGGCGACAGCUGAGCAGGGCAGCGGAUCAACUUUCUUGGAGCGGCUAUGAGCGGAUUUCCUGCCGCGGACGGAGCGUCUUAGCCGGCCUCAGCCCGCCCCACUGCUCGGAGCUCCAGCGCGGUCCUCGGCGCUGCUGUCCGGCAUCGGAUCGGUCCGGAGCCCCCUCCCUCGGCUCUCCUGCUCCUCCGGAGGAGCGGAGCGGAGCUCGGACAAAGUUUCCUCUCCUCCCCGGGACCGAGCGGCGCGGACCGGGCCUCAGGUAGUGAGGGAGACUGAGGGAGGGAGAUUCGUGUUGUUGUUGAAGUGGAGGAGGCGGAGCUGACGGUUGACUGAGACACCAUCUGUCCUCACUGCGUCACGAGGAGAAUUGGACAUGCUCCGCCGCUCGCAGGACACAUGAGCCACAGAGCUCACCUGCUCAGGUGCUUUCAGGCAGUGUGAGGGUCGCACAGCGGCACGAGGAGGAGCUGUGUGUGCGCUGACCUACAAGGCUGGAUCGUCCUGUGGAUGACCUCUCGGGACUCACUCACCUUUCAGGACUGACAGACCGACACAAAGUCACGCAGGAAAGAAGCACGGCCUAGGAUGGCGAGUGCGGCGCCAGCCAGGAAGCCGUACCGCAAGGCUCCACCGCAGCACCGCGAGUCACGCCACACCCUGCCCACUGCUCCCCCGCCACCUGCACCGCAGCCCGACAUCAAUCAGGUAAUCAAACACACCUUAAAGACACCCCCACACCCCCCGCAGCACCUUGCCCGUCAGCGGCUGUCUGGCGAUGGGUCGAGGCCUGGCAUCCCAACUCUGCCACCGCCACUCUCAGACAGCGAGCUGGAGGUUUCCAGCCUUUCCAGCCUGGAGCUCUGCACCCCGCCGGCGCUCUUCAGAGGACAUAUCCACCAACCCAGCUCAGCCAGAGCGGUGGUGGCAGGUGUGACUGCAGCCGGUCACGACGCCGUGAUUCCUCACCGAAAGCCGAGGCCCCAGCGCGGCACGAGUCCUCGGAACGUCAAGACUUCCAACAACACAGGAAACCAGGCUUUCCUGGGACAUGGAAGCCCCGCCCCAACCCUGAAACACGCAGUGAGCUGCAACCCCCGAGGAGAGCGUCACCGCCUCAGUUACUGCAUGAACGCCGCUGGCCGGACACAGACUACCGGCGCUCCUCGGAGCAUCCUGAAGCAACCGACUUCGCUGGGUGUGGAGCACACCUAUGACAUCAUCAGGAAGUCAAAGUCGGUGGAGAUGCUGGAUGAUGCCAGAGGGCGGAGCAGUGCCAGCCGGCGCCCUCCAACCCGUUCUCUGGAUCGGGUAGAGCAGCAGGGACUGACCUGGCGGCGGUCCUCGGCCCCGCCCUCCCCUGUCAGGACUGACUGGAACUGGAGGAUGCAGGCGCUGCAGGAGAAGGUCCGCUUCUCCAACUUCUUGGAUGAGAUCACAUGUCGGGUCCUUAGCCCCGCCCGCCUAACGCUGCUCGGCAGGUCAGCUUCUAAAGAGUAUAUAAGCCCCGCCUCCCAGCGCCGCCGCUCUGCCUACAGGAACCAGCAGGUGGAGGGGUCCUCUGCAGAUCGGACUCGGCGCUGGAACGACUGGGUAGCGGCGCUGCAGCGGUCUGAAGGCACGCAGGAGGAGGGGGCGGUGCGGGAGACUGCGAAGCAGCAGCAAGGGUACAGAGAGUGGGCGGGGACUAAACGGCAGGUGAAAAGAGAAGUUAAGGUGGACAGACGUCCUCUCUCUAAUCUGUCACUGCUGUCACACAUCAAGGAGGCGUUGUCGGACUCGGACAGGAUCAGAAUCCUCCAGCAGCAGAAUGAGGACCUGCGGCGCCGCCUCUCUCUCACCACCCAUAAGAUGGAGGCCAUGGAGGCGGAGUUUGACAGCAACCGCCACUACAUGGAGGCAGAGCUUAGCCGGACCCGAGACGACCUGGACAAGAUGAGAGACAAGUUCCGCAGACUCCAGAACAGUUACACAGCGUCUCAGAGAGCCAAUCAGGAUCUGGAGGAGAAACUUCACGCUCUGGCUGCCGUCAGUCAGACAUGGGUUCAUGCACUACGGAAGGUGGAGAGGGACAAGAAGACGAUGGACCAGGAGAUCGUGCAGCUCACCAACAAACUGCUGGACGCUAAAAACACCAUCGACCGUCUGGAGGAGCUCAACGAGCGUUACAGGCAGGACUGUAAUUUGGCCGUUCAGCUACUCAAGUGCAACAAGUCGCACUUCAGGAACCACAAAUUUGCUGACCUGCCCUCGGAGCUUCAGGACAUGCUGAACAAACACAUGAAGAGCAGUCUCCCGGAGCGAGGCCCCGCCCCCGGCUCUCAGGACCCAGACACGCUCAGUUUGACGCCUGCCGACGUCGUGCCGACCUCAGUCAUCGCCCGUGUCCUAGAGAAACCCGAGCCGCUGGUCCUGAACUCUGCACAGUCCAGCAGCUGCGGCCGGCCCGUCGCCGAAGACGUCUUCGUGCACGUGGACAUGACGGGCCCCAGGGGCUCAGAGGGGCGAGGCCGGGAGAACGGUGCCGGUCAGGAGGCGUCGCAGCAGAACGGCUCGUGUCGCAGUCAAAGCAGCUUGGAUGAAGAGGCAGGCGGAGCUCCAUCUUUCGAGAAGCUGAACCCGUACCCGGCGCCGCCUCCCCACCCCCUCUACCCCGGACGCAAGGUCAUUGAGUUCUCGUCGGACGACAAAGUGAAGAUCCCGAAGAACUCUCCGCUGCCCAACUGCACAUACGCCACGAGGCAGGCCAUCUCGCUCAGCCUCGUGCAGAAUGACGACGAGCGGCUGGCCCCUGGCAGCCCCGCCCCUCCUCCUCCUCUGGCGGAGGGGGCGGAGCACAACAGCGCACACCACCAUCACAGAGAGACGCCACCAGUGAGCCGCUGUCCAGCCAGUCCAGCCCUUUCAGCAGCCCGCCUCAGUGUCUUGGCGAGCUCUGGCAGCUCCGAGGAAGACCUGCUCACCAACUGGCAGCGGAUGUUCGUGGAGAAGAUGGCACCGUCCAGCGACGGCACGCUGCUGCACCGCACGUCCUUCAGUAGCCAGACGGCUCAGGAGCUGCAGAGGAGGAGGCAGGUGGCGGUGGGAGUGGCCUCCUCCUCAGACCGGCACAGGGCGGCGUACUCUGAUGGCGAGGAGGGCUCGUCGGCGCGCAGCUGGACGCCGAGCCGUGGCUCCAGCCUCGACACGGACACGGACACCGAACAGCGGGUGGGGAGGCGGGGCUGCUACGGCGGCAGGGACGGCUCGGAGGAGGAGGGAGAGCAGCUGCUGAUGAACCUGGAUGAUGAUGGCGGGAGCGGGGACACUGCGGUCACCGUGGUGACCAGCCCCGGCGACGCCCGCAGGAAGCUGGAGGAGGAGGGCGAGAGCUCAGGGGAGGAGAGAGACAUCCUGCCCCACGAACUGCCUGUCAUUUCGCCCCGUCUAAUGGACUUGGACCCCGCCCUUGGCGCCAUUGCACCACAUCGGCCCCAGAAGAGCCCGAAGAGGAUGGGCGUGCACCACCUGCACCGCAAAGACAGCCUGACCCGCGCCCAGGAGCAAGGCACGCUGCUGGACUGAUUCUCGCUCGCCCCGCACUGUGCGCCGCUGACCUGAUGCUGAGGUCAGAGGUCACACCCAUCCAGGAUAUAGCCAUACUCUACCGUAUGCUGCCGAGCUCGCUGCCCCACCCGGGUGUGUGCAUGAGACACGAAUCGCUGCAUGUCCACGUACUUUUGGUCUGAUGACGUGUCCAGAGUGGUGAUGAUGUAGCAGAGAGGAGACAUGGCCAGAAGUAUGUGGACAUGUCAAUCGUAACGCUUGGCAAACCGUGUGUGUGUGUGUGAGUGUGUGUGUGUGUGUGUGUGUGAGAGUGUGUGCGUGGGCCUCAUUCACUAACAGUACGUCCACACAAAUCUGUGAUUUCUGUUUUCGUACCUGAAUCCGUACGUGCGGUCAGAGAACGCUGCAGUGUCCGCGUCACAUAUUCAGCACUCCCAUUAGCCUGACGGUCACUUUGUUUGUCUACAUUUGAACAGUGGUCGCUUCCUCCUCGGACACUAUAAUUCAAGUUUCUUUUUCUUCGCCUCAGACACGUAAGCGUGUGUCCUUGGAUAGAAAAAUGGGGGCGGGGCUAUAUGUGGAUAGUAUGCUAAUUAUAUUGCGAUUGCUCAGGGCUGAUUAAUGGAAACAGGCCGGUGCACAUGUGAAUCCAGCUGUAAUAUGGCGCCAUUUAAGAACGUUUCCACGCAAAUAUUGGUGAAUGAGGCCCAUAGAGUUCUGAUCAGCUGAUUAUCAAUCAAUCAUCAGAUAAUGUCCAUAAGUAUGUGGACAGCCUAAACUGAAGUUUGACAUUCCUGUGAAUUUGGAAAAAAAAUAGUUUUGACUGUUUGGGUAUCGGCGCUCCACGAAGGUGUCCGCAUAUUUAUGUCCAUAUGGCGUCUUUGAUUAUGAGUCUGCAUAUAGUGUAUACAGUAUGAGCAAAAGUAUGUGGACAAUUAAAGGUUCAUUUAAAUUCUGAACAAUCUACAUUCAAAACCACGUCAGGCAUUUGUGCGUGUGUGCGUGAGAGAGAUGGAGCAGAAAAACAGAUUUUAAAAGCAAAACUUUACCGGAUGUAUUUGCCUUCUUUCCUGAGCAGGAGCUUUUAUUUUGAAGAGACACACACACACACACACACACAGACAGUGCCUCACGCGCCCUCAGUCUCUCACUCUCUCACUCCAUGGUUGAGAGUGUGACACCGGGCACACUAAGUCUUUUUACUAAGACUUUUAUUUUGAAGUCAGUACUAAUCAUUGAUUUCCUGUUGUUUAGUCAGCUGAUUGAUUUGUUGUGGAGCUGCAGACUGAGGUUUGGCCUCUGACCCAGAUUCACCUCUGCCCCCUCGAACACUAGGACUGCGCCUGUGGGUUGGGGGCGGGGCUUCUCUUUGACUCACACCUGGAAUGUACCAGUUUUGUUUUUUUGCUGUCAUGUUUUUGUUCUUUUGUUGUGAAAUGUUGAGUAUUGAUCUGUUAUUAGUUUUAUUGUUUGCCGUUUAUUGAUUUGUGGUUUUUCUGAUCAGUUUGUGCUUUUGUCGUGCGUCUACGGAAGCCUGGCGGUCACAGAAAUGUCAGUUUCAUUUAAAUGAUGAUUGAAAACAAAAACUUAACUAAUAUUCCUUUAAGUAGCAACCUGAUUCCUACAAAAUAAAAGCCUCUAUAGUGAGGGAAAUUGGGGUUAAAACUAGAAAUCAAAGGAUCUGUUUGACUUCCUGCAGCGCUCCUGGUGGCCUGGAGCAGUUUAUAUUUGUGGCACCUGUGAGCCUCCAUACGUGACCUCAGUCUGUUCUUCUGAUCGAAUGUCAGCUCGUUGCCUCCUCACAGCUCUGAUUGUCACUCCCACCGAGGCCCGACGUUGGGUCGUCGAUCGCCCCGCCUCUCUGACUAACGAAGGUGAUCUAUCAUUGGACGGAUUAAUGCUGGAAUGUUCAGGGGCUGUUUUCAGGUUUCCUGCAGAGAAAACUAUUUACACAAACAGGAGCUGCCCACAGGUUUCAGUCACUUUCACGGGACGUGAUGUCACAGCGCAGAGCGCUGCAGUCGCUGACAGGCGUGUCACCAUGAAGCGAGGCUGCUCGCUGAUGUGGUGGGAAGGUCGAGUUGUGGUUGCGGCGUAGCGACAAUUGGCUGUUUGACGAGUUUCAGCGCUGUCUGAGACGUAAACUGCCGGUGUGCACACUCCGUGACAUUUACACACCUGUGCGUAUGUCUGAAACUCCACGGACUAAACGCUGCACGAGCAUUUUGAACGAUGCACGCCGACACUUAUCGGAAGUCCGGUUGCUGUGGCAGCAGGGAAGUUCAUGCCUCCCUCCUCCUCUGGGGAAAUGUCGUGGCGUUCAUGUUCAUGUUUAUGGCAUUUCUCAACAGCGAUGCGCCACCCGGUGGCAGAUGGCUGCAUAAUAUUUAGGGCACAAUCGUUUACCGCCAAUGGUCAAUUCAAAUUUUACUGACUGGAUUAACUUGUACAUCUGGUACCUACUAGUGACGGCAGCGACCACGCAAUGACCACAUGUGAGGUCAGAUGUGCCCGCUCCUGUAACUCGCAGUUCAAACAGGAAGUGAGGCAUCUGGGUCCGACCGUGGCAUCGUGGGACUCUGGGGUGUUGAGUUUUACUUUUUCUUUUUUUUUAUCGUAACUUUGACGAUGCGAAUCAGCACGUGACAUCUCGCUGAAGGACGCCAUCUCUGUUUGUGACCUCACAACAUGCUGCAUCUGCCCCAUAAUACAUCGUGAUGAUGUCACAGUGAUGUAGUUUUCCCAGUUUUACAGGGUGACAGAAUGCAUGAUGGGACACAAAGACCAAGAGUACACACUGAUUCAGCUGAAAUUAAACAGCAGAAAAAGUAAACUAAUCCGCACCAGAUGUCACGCCGGAGCAUCGAACCCUGAGCGUGUCCAGGUGGACUGUGUGUGGUGGUGGUGUGGGGGGGUUGUGUUGAUAGAGACGUGAGGUGUUUGUGAGGACAUUUCAGGCAUUUUUCCAGUGGAAACACUGAGGUGAAGGUGGGCGGGGCUUCCUACUUAGACUUCAGGUGUAUAACACAUAGACGAGCGGAGUGAGCGGUUCAAAGCUCCGAGCUGAUGAAACAUUUAAACCUUUUUUUCCUUUUGCGAGUCCUUCAUCCUGCAGACACGUCGUCCUCCUGCUGGAGUCGUCAGCUGCUGUUAAAUUAUUCACCUUUUUUCCGUCUCGCUAAUAUUUCACAGUCUCUGUGUGUGUGUGUGUGUGUGUGUGUGUGUGUGUGUGUGUGUGUGUGUGAGACUCUGUGAGGAAUGAGGUCACUGAGACUUUCCAAACAGACCAGGUUUCAGGGUCGGAGUCCUGGGACCGUUUGAGGCUGAGAGUCCUCACAAAACCAAAAUACGUGUGUUCGUGCGUGCGUGCGUGCGUGUCUGUGUGUGUGUGUGUGUGUCUGUGCCUGCGUGUGUGUGUGUCUGUGCCUGCGUGUGUGUGUGUGUGUCUGUGCCUGCGUGUGUGUGUGUGUGAGAGAGCGGGUAUAAAUAGAUGAUACAUGAGGACUCGUACAUCUUUAAUGAUGCAACUUGUCAGAGCGAUGACAUCACUCUGCUUGUUUUAAACUUCACAUUAAAACGCUUCACAGCGUCAGUGUGUUGUAGACUUUAGUUAAUACUUUUCAGAAUAAAAGCAUUAACUAAAGAGGUAGGAAACGGUGAUGAACAACUCUGGUGAUCUGAGGUCAGACUGAAGUGGCGUUUUCUUGUCUGCUUCCUCUUUAAAGUGACUCGGUGUCCCAGCAUGCAUCAGGGAAACAUGCAGGUGUUCCCGGCAGUGGGUCCUUGAUUUCCAGGCCCUGUGACGGCGGUGAGCAACUCCUGUUGUCGUGUUCGUCUGAUGUUUUUUGGAAGCUCCAUUAUCAGAGCGUGCUAACGUGUGGCGUCGCGCUGUCAUGCGUCUCCUUUUGCGGUGCAGAUGAUUUUUAAAAAAUGGCGUUGAUGAGUCAGAUCCUGUUUGUCCGUCUGGAAGCAUCUGUAUUAGUUCGCUCACCUGUGCAAGUGGAGCUGGGCGGCCUCACUGUUGGCGCUAAAAAGGUAAACACACGUUUCUACUGUAUUUUUUUUUUUUUUUUUUUCUCAUUCUGUUUCGAUGUGUCUGCACCAAGCCGACUCCAUCAUGGCUGCGGGGGUGGGGGCUUAUGUGAAGAGGACAUGGAGUCACCCGAGGACCGACAAACAGUAACUAGUGGGGGAGUGUCUGAUUGUAACCCACCCCCCCUCACGCUUUACCCCCAACGGGUGCUGUCUGAGGUCGCUGACCUGUGACCCCGGGCGCGGUGUUUUCAGGGUCAGCUGGGUGGUUUCCUGUCCUUGCCGCGUCUCGCAUGGCGGACAGAAACGGACUGUUAACCUCUGGCGAUUUUAUUUUCUCAGUUUGUAAACGAUGUAUAUUUUAAAGCUAAUAAAAUAUUUUAAACAAA